UUGCGACGUUUCAGUCCCGGAAGUGUGCCGCUUGUUUCGCGCUACCGGGUCCACCUCUUUAAGCUAGCUAGGCUAACCGAGAGGAUGCCGUCGAUUGAGUACGACGACUCCAAGCCCAGCUGGGCAGACCAAGUGGAGGAGGAAGUGGAUGAAGGCACAUUACCACCUCCUAAAGAGACCGUUAAAGGAAAUAUCAAAACACUCACUGAAUAUAAAAUAGAUGAGGAUGGCAAAAAGUUCAAGAUUGUCCGGACUUUCAAGAUUGAGACGAGGAAAGCCUCAAAAGCUGUUGCUAGGAGAAAGAACUGGAAGAAGUUUGGAAACUCAGAGUUUGACCCUCCAGGUCCUAACGUUGCGACCACUACAGUCAGUGAUGAUGUCUUCAUGACUUUCAUCUCCAGCAAAGAGGACCUGAAUGCUCAAGAUCAGGAUGAGGAUCCCAUGAAUAAACUUAAAGGACAGAAGAUUGUGUCCUGUCGUAUUUGCAAAGGCGACCAUUGGACAACCCGCUGUCCGUACAAGGACACGCUGGGCCCCAUGCAGAAGGAGCUGGCUGAGCAGCUUGGUCUUUCCACCGGGGACAAGGACAAGCCUGCUGGUUCUGCUGAACCAGAGCCUGUACAGCCUGCACAAAGCAAGACUGGGAAGUAUGUACCUCCAAGCCUGAGAGAUGGAGGCACACGAAGAGGAGAGUCCAUGCAGCCUAACCGCAGAGCUGAUGACAAUGCUACCAUCCGAGUGACCAACCUGUCUGAGGACACCCGUGAGACAGACUUGCAGGAGCUUUUCAGACCUUUUGGGUCCAUCUCAAGGAUCUAUCUGGCGAAGGACAAGAACACAGGACAGUCCAAGGGSUUUGCCUUCAUCAGUUUCCACCGUCGGGAGGAUGCAGCCAGAGCCAUUGCAGGAGUGUCAGGAUUUGGAUAUGAUCAUCUUAUUCUCAAUGUUGAAUGGGCCAAGCCAUCAAACAACUGAGGAAUCUCAUCAAAAACCUUUCAGAAAAAUGCCAGAUUUUAUGAUAAAAUGUGGUUACUUAAAUAAAGAUAAUGAAUUCAC